AAUUAAGUUGUGCUGUUCUUGUGACGAUAAAUUGACGAAAGUAUAAUAAUGUGUACUAGAAUGACUAUGUCUAAAUGUUGUUUUAAAAACAGCAAUUAAAUGUUUUUGCGUGUAACUAUAGUGGUAUAGAAUCUGCAUAGUUUAAUCGACCGAGAAAUACGUGUUAUAAGUGAAAAAUUAGUGUACUAUAGUACGGAUCUACGCAUAAUUCCAAUAUUGCGCACAACUGCUUAUAAUGAGGAAAAUUUUUGGUACUGAGCCAAGUACUCCUUUCCCUAUAAGCGAAACUCGCUACAUGCUGGAGCAAAUUAAAACCCAUGAAGAACCCAUGAUCAUCCGUCGUCCGAUGAUCAAUUUUACAACUUAUCCGUAUACAGAUACUCCUGAUAGAAAUUUGAAUGAAUCGGACUUUCCCCAAUAUCCCAAAAAUUAUGGGUAUCAGGAUUAUGUCAGCACAAUGCAAUAUGACUAUCGAGCUCCCAGGAAUUUUGUCAAAAGACCUUUAGUAAUGGCUAACCCGCCCUACAUGAUGAACCAAAAGACUCAUUCCCUCUUAAGGCCGGCUAAAGGUGUUUGGGUUCCUCCACAUUUUGGUAUAGUUAAAUUUGAUGACGAUUCUGCUGUUAUGAAACCAUCUAAGAGUGCAGAAGCCACCCAACAACUCAAAAGAUUUCGAUACAACUCCUAUGAUCCAUUUCAAGGAAAAUAUCAAAUAGAAUUAAAUUCUACAUGAGCUUCAAAAUCGCCAACAUACAUACUACCAAACUUAGUAUUCUUUCAAGAACAACC